UUUGCGUUGUACGGUUUGAUUUUUAUCUUUUGGAAAUAUGUUUGGUACAAUUGCAAGUCGAAAGCUUGUUCAUCCUGGAAACAAAUCUUUCAAGCUUCUCCGUAUCCUACUAUUUUGGUCUUGUAAGAGAUUAAUUAGCAUUUGGUUCACCCUCUGCAUGAUCUUAAUCAAUGGAAGAAGCUGACUGGCACAUUAGUGGUCAAUUUUGUUCUGGUAAGUCUUUUGUCAUCAGCAGUGGGGGUUUCUAUACCGUGGUUUAUCAUGGCCGAGGACUAUUUCAGAUGCUUCCGAUAAACAUUAAGGGCUUUGGCGGAAGUUUUGGAACAUUUUCAAGCAUGUUUGUUGGUUGGAUUGCUAAGUGCUAACUAUGUCUUCAACUUCUUACUAGAAUGGAGUCCAUCAGGAACGUUCUUCAUUAUGGCAAGUUUUAGCGGUUUGUUGAUUCUAUUUGCUGCGAAGACGGUUCCAGAAACAAAAGGAAGAACAUUGGAAGAAAUAGAAGCAUCAAUGCUCACUUAGAUUUUUGGAUCAACAGUGAGGGGAUUAUUUUUUGUAUUAUAUAUGUUGCUGUUUCUUAUCUUUCAGCGGAUAUUUAUUCUCUGUCUUUACAAAAAGUGAUAACACAGAAAGCAGGGACAAAGGUAGGAGGAGGCUAACUCGGGCUAAAGUCCUCAGAAAGAAUUAAUAACUUAAGAUAGUAAUGUUUUGUUCUCGAAAGUCAGUAUAAAAAUUUUAUUUUAGAUUUUAGCCGCCGCUAAUAUGGAUCUCGAGUUCUGCUCCUGUUUCUGCUAUGUGACUGAAAAGAAUGUUUUCUUUUUGAUAGGAAGGUGAGACCAUGGUUACCCCUUGUAAAUAAAAUUAAAUCAGAUUCGCCAAAGAAAUAUUGGUGAUAAAUCGUGAUGAAGAAAAAUCACGCGUAUCCAUCAAAUUUAAAGACUUCUUACAUAUUUAACUAAUAUAUCUCCAAGACUCAUGUGCGCAUAUUUCAUGUAUCAGUACAUCCAAUUUUAUGUCCACUCCCUACUUGUAGCCAUGAUCAGAUGCACAUAUUUGCACGUGAUUAAGCUGGUUUUAACCUUGUUUCGAGCAAUAAGCGCUUAUUUUUCGUAAAAAAUUUGUUUUGAGAAUUUUCCAACUUCAUUCUGAUUUUUGUUUUAAGAGUUUAUAAAUGAUGGACCAUUUCAAUCUUGAAUUUAAUAUCCAAGUCGACAACAGAAUUAUGAUGAUGCAGGUGAAAUGUCACUUCAGCUACCACCUCAAAUCUCAGCUACCUCCCUCUAAGCAUGUUGAUAUAUAUGCCUUGUAAUGUUUAUAUUGCUACAAAUUUUAAAAAUUGAACACAAAUGGAGAGGGAAAGCAUGGAAGAAGGACUUAUCAAGAAAUCCAUGACUAAAAAUGACACAAAAAGCAAUGGAAAAGAAGAUAUUAUGGGCUCAUCUGUCACUCCACUUCUUCUCGUUAGCACUGUUCUUAGUGGAUUGGUUGCUCUCUCCAAUGGCUGUGCUGCUGGAUAUACAUCUGCUGCUGAAGCUGGAAUUAUGGAAGACUUGAGUCUAUCUAUUGCUCAGUUCUCAUUAUUUGGUUCGAUUUUAAAUUUUGGAAGCAUGCUUGGUGCAAUUGCAAGUGGAAAGCUAGCAGAUCUCAUGGGAAGGAAACUUACGAUGUUGCUGAUGGACAUAUUACUUAUCAUUGGGUGGUCAGCAAUCAUUUUUGCACAGGGCGCUUUGUGGCUUCAAUUUGGAAGAUUGUCAUUGGGAUUUGGAUUUGGGAUUCUCACCUUCUUGUUACCAGUAUAUAUUGCUGAAAUAACACCAAAAAGUAUCCGGGGAAGAUUUUCAGGAGCAGUUAUGCUGAUGCUAAAUGUUGGUGUUUCUGUGAUGUUUUUUGUCGGAAAUCUCAUUGCAUGGCGAUCCUUGGCUGUAAUAGGGGUUUUACCAAUUCUCAUUCAUGUGCUGGGGUUAUAUUUUGUACCGGAGUCACCUAGAUGGUUGGCAAAUACUGGUCGAGAAAUACAGUUUGAAGAUACUCUACAACGCCUAAGGGGCCUAAAUGCUGAUAUUACGGGAGAAGCAACUGAAAUAAGAGAUUCAAUUGCAACUCUUCAUCAGCUCUCAGAACCAAGAUUCAUGGAAAUGUUUGAGAAAAAAUAUGCUCGUUCCCUCAUUGUAGUAAUUGGUACGCUGGUAUUGUUACCACUUGGUGGUAGUCUUGGGCUUGUGUUCUAUGCAAGUUCGAUUUUCAGAGCAGCUGGUGCUUCAGUUACCCUCGGUACCACAGCAUAUGCAAUAAUUCAGAUUCCGGUUGGUGCUUUGGGUGUACUCUCAUUAGAUAGAACAGGAAGACGUCCACUUCUGCUGGUAUCUUUUAUCGGGGCUUUCUUGGGGAGCGUUUUUGCAGGAGUAGCAUUUGUCUUACAGGAUCUUAAUCCGUGGAAGGAGCUGAGCGGCACAUUAGUGCUCAUUGGCGUUCUGGUAAAUCUUUUAUCAUACGCAGCGGCGGUUUCUGUACCAUGGGUUAUCAUGGCUGAGAUGCUUCCAAUAAACAUUAAGGGUUCUGCUGGAAGUCUUGGAGCAUUUUCAAAGAUGUUCGUUGCUUGUAUUGUUAACUAUAUCUUCAAUUUUUUACUGGAAUGGAGUCCAUCAGGAAUGUUCUUCAUAUUUGCGAGUUUCAGUGGUCUGACGAUUCUGUUUGUUGCGAAGAUGGUUCCAGAAACAAAAGGAAGAACAUUAGAGGAGAUAGAAGCAUCAAUGCUCAUUUAGUUUUUGAAAAAUCUGUUUUAGGCUCUACGCAAUGUGUAUAGACAGUGUUUCUCUAGUACAAUUCCACAGCAGCUGGUGACUGAUUUAUGCUACAGCAGGGAAUUAUUAUGUUGCUGUUUCUUAUUCUUCGCAGAAAUAAUCUCAAAUAAUUUACAGUUAAAACUGCAAACUA